AUUCUUCUCUCCCCCUCUUGGUUUCUGUGGGCUGGAGAUGGAGCCCACAAGGGCUCUGCUUUGAUUUGGGAGCCCUGACCCCAAACUCCAGCUCACAGGCACCUUUCAUAUGGCAUAAUCUCUGUAUAACCCCAUGCAAAGAUUACUGUGCCCUAAUCAGGGAACUCAGAGCCCUUCCGGCAGAACCUGGCCUCGUUGCUGCCACCUCUUCAUUGGCUCUUUCCCCAGUCAUCCAGAAAAUAACAUCAUAACUGAAUACACAUGAUCACCACGGGAAGGAGAAUCGGCUGCUCUUCCCAAUUUAGUGGCAAACUGUGGGAUGCUCCUCGCUGCUGGCAGAUCCAGGUGUCCCCUAUUGUGAAACCACAACUGAGUCAGUGCUGCAAGCCGGCCUGCGGGGAGCCCAGCUCCAAACAUCCUGUCCGAGGGCCACCUCCCUGCCUCACCUCUGCCUUUAUCUGCCCCUUCUGAGUAACAACGCGUCUGGCGAGGGAGAAGGACAGGCAGAAGCUGCAGACAGCAGGAGUGAUCCCAAUGCCGACGAGUUUCCUUGGCAGCGCCCUCCGGGGCACCUUCUUCUUCAUCUUUGGUCUCUGGUGGUCGGUGCGAUACCCCCUGAAGUAUCUCAGAAGGAAAACAAAUGCUGAGAACCAGCCAAGCUAUGGGCUCCGGCGUGUGGAAGUCUUUGAAGGGGCAGUCAAAGCUUUCUUUGCCCUGGCAGGGAUCCUGGUGGAGCAGUUUGUCCCCUCUGGUCCUCACCUGAUGCUGUACAGCCCCAAGACGCACAGCUGGACAGACCUCACGCAUUGGCACUACACCACCAUGUACCUCUUCUUCCUCCUCUCUGGCAUCGUGGAUGUGGUCUCACACUCACCACUCAAACUGCCAUUGGGUUUAGAUCGGCUCUCGCUGUCCGUGGCUCUGUUCAUGGAAGGUUUGCUCUUCUGCUUCCGUAACUAUGGUGAUGCUGCACUGGACCAGCACCUCCACUCACUGUUGGCCUUCGCUAUUUUUGCUGGAGCCCUCUGUGUCCUCCUGGAGGUGUUUCUCCGAGAUCACAUCAUCCUGGAGUGCCUCAGGACCAGCACAUUCCUUCUGCAGGGCUCCUGGCUCUGGCAGAUCGGGUUUGUGCUGUCCCCUCCCUGGGGAGGACCGGGCUGGGACCAGACUGACAGCAGCAAUUUCUCAUUCCUCACCAUGUGCUUCUGCUGGCACUAUGCAGGAGCCCUCAUCACCCUGGCAGCCAACGCGGCCGUGUCACGCUGCUGCAAUGAAUCCUGCCAGCUGCGAUUCGGGGACAUCGACGUGGAGCUGGACUGCGGCCUGUGCAUCCGCAAGAAGGGCUCUGGUGGGGCACUGCUGCCCGAGGGCGGCACUGAGGAGAAGUGAGGCCUGCAGUGGGCAGUGGCAUCUCCUCCUGCUGCUCUGGGGGUCUUGAGAUGAACUUCUGAGUUCUGUUUGGUUAAACUGGAAGCAGCAGAAGCAGGAGGUUGAGCCCCAAAGCUGAGCUGCUCCUGCGUGCUCCCGGCCCCCUCUGACAGCGAGGAGUUUGCCAUUUUCACAGGACUGGUUUGCUGGCAGGCAAUGUGCCUGGUUGGGCUGUCUCUGAAGCCAGCAGGAGGGAUGCAAACUGCCCCCUGAAAGCAGCUCCUGGUGCCUGCUGCUCGCUGUGCCGUUAGCAGAGGGGUUUUGUACAAAGCUUUGCAUGCACAGAGUGACACGGUUCCAAAUAAAGUGCUAUAAUAAACCUUCUUAUGGAUCUCCUCACUAUGCCUUGAGGUUGGAAGCACUGCAAGGUGAUGUUUGGCUGCUGGGCUGUUUGGGAGUGAAUGGAGUACUGGUUGGGGCUGCUGGAGAGCAGGGGCACACAGCUGCAGCCCUGCAGGUUUAGAUCAGAAUGAGAGGCAGUUUUGGAGCAGGCAAUUGGAGCACAAGGAUGUGGUGUGCCCAGGAGAUGGGGCCUUGCUUUUCUCCUAGGUCUCUCACUUGGCUUGCAGCUGGACAGCAAGGAAUCGCUUCCUGCCACUGAGACCAAAACCGAGCUGAGAAGUUGUCAUUAAACAGGAUUAAUGAGAGAAGAGAAAGUUCAUCGAUGGUGCCACGUCCCCUUCCAAGGGCUAGGUGAGAU